GGACCGGGACAGAGCCUCCCCCCCCAUGGUGGACACGGGGGACAGGGGGCGGCGCAGCCCCCCCAGGCUGGCACAGCACCGGCGGGACCUGGAGGAGGAGCUGCGAGACCUCAGUAACCAGGUGGCGGCGCUGGGGCGGAGCCUGGCAGCAGAGAGAGGGCGUGGCCUGGUGGAGGGCGGGGCCCUGCGUGCGCUGGAGAUCGCUGUGGGUGGGGCCCAGGCCCGGAUGGGCGGGGCCUGCAGGGCCAGGGACCGGGCCAAUGAGAGACUGCGGCUGCAGCAGGAGGCGGGGCAGCUGCUGUGGGCGGAGCUCCAGGCUGCCCGUGCUGCCCGUGCGGGGGCGGAGCUUCGGGCGCAGGAGGCGGAGUCGCAGUGCCGGGAACGGGGGGAGGAGCUUCAGCGGCUGCGAGAGGCCGUGGAGGAGGCCCGGCAGUGCCGGCGCCAGGCGGAGCAGGAGCGGGACCGAGCAGCUGCUCAGGUGGGACACAGCCCCCGGCACAGCCCCCCCCCCGCUGACCCCGAGGGGCUGCAGGCGGCGCUGGAGGAGCUGCGGGAGCACAACCGGGGGCUGCAGGACCACCUGGGACAGCGGCUGGGACAGGUGCAGGAGCUGCGUGAGGCGCUGUCCCUCGCGGGGCAGCGGGCGCGGGAGGCCCAGGGUGCCCAGGCCCGGCUGGCGCGGGAGCAGCGGGAGCUGCAGGAGCGGCUCCUGCGCCCCCCGGUGCCCCCCACGCCCCCCGAGAGCACCCUGAGGAGCCGCUGCCUCCACCUGCAGGAGCUGCUGCGCAGGGAGGAAGGGACCCGGCUGUCCCUGUCACGGGCCGCGCGUGUCACUGGCCGGCGCCUGCGGGCUCUGGUGGCCGAGGUGGAGGAGCAGCGGCUGCGGGGGGAGAGAUACCGGCUGCAGGCCCGUGCCAGCGAGGUGGCCGCGGGGCUGGUGGCGGCGCAGGUGGCGGCGGUGGCGGCGGGCACGGCCCGUGCCAGCGAGGUGGCCGCGGGGCUGGUGGCGGCGCAGGUGGCGGCGGUGGCGGCGGGCACGGCGCGGGCGCUGGCCCAGGGCCACGUCCUGCGCCGGCAGCUCGACCACGUCGGCGAUGGCACCGCGGCCACGGCGCGGAGUGUGGCCGUGCUCAGGGCCCGGCUCAGGUGCGACCCCCUGACCGUGUCCCGCACGGUCCGGCGGAUGCUGCGGGGGGGCGACAGCGGCGACAGCGGCGACAGCGGCGACAGCGACACCCCCCCCGCCACCCCCGCCCCCCCGGCCGCCGCCCAGGGCGGGGUCCCGGCGCCGCCGCCGGAGACCCUCCUGGUGGCCACGGGCGACGCCGAAGCCGCGGCGGCGCCGGCCCUGCCCGAGGGGGCCCCCCCUGCGCCCGCGGGACCCCCCGGCCCGCCGGGCCCGCCGUCGCCGUCGCUGUUCAUGGCGCGGCUGCCGCCCCGCGCCGGCUCCUACAUCCAGAGCGAGCACAGCUACCAGGUGGGCUCCGCCCUGCUCUGGAAGCGCCGCGCGGAGACCGCGCUCGACGCCCUCGGCAAGGCCCAGAGGCAGCUCCAGGCGGGGAAGCGGCGGGAGCAGCGGCUCCGGCAGCGCCUGGCCGAGCUCCAGAGGGACACGCGGCACAGGGACACGCGGGGGGUCCCAGAGCUCCAGAGGAGCCCCAGGGACCCCCUGGCUGAGGGGAAGGUGGAGCCGGUGGGGGACGGGGGGAGGUGAGUCCUGGGCACCGGGGUGGGGGGAGGCUGUAAAUAAAGAUUUCACAUUUUCCAUGUGGAGUCUGUGGGGAUUUCUGCGAGUUUCGGGAGGUUUCUGGGGAUUUAUGGGAAUUUCUGGGAGCUUUUAGGAGUUCCCAGGAGGAAUUUCAGGCGGAAAGUCUUCCCGGUGAGGGCGGUGAGUGGAAUUCCAGGUGCCACCAGGAGCUGGGACAGGGAAGGGUUUGGAGUGACGGGACACAGGGAAGGGCUUCCUGCUGAGACUGGAGAGAUUUAGGUAGGAUAUGGGGAAGGAAUCCCACCC